AUGGCUGUCACGUGGUCACGUCAGCUUCCUGUUUACCGCUUGCUGUACCUUCAGAUUGCAACACUGUUCUCCGCUGCUGGGGCUUUCGUCUGUAACAACAUGAGCAGCAGUGAGGCGUUAUAGCUACAGGGUUGACUAGCCUACUAUAUAACUUUAAUCCGUUAACCAUCAUGGUUGUGGUUACUAAGGAGACAUGACGACGUGACAUUGAGGAAACGUGAGUAGGCCGGGAAGGAUCCUGGAGAUUUCCUGACCCCAACUGACCGGAGCUUAGGCGGUACUGAUAGUCGACCAUCACUUCAGCAGAUGUCACAAACGCAAACAAAACAACGGUGAUGUGGAGGACUACAAGGGCCUGAUAUUGUCUCAAAUGUGUAUAUACGAGGGAUUGUAGUUAGUGGAAACGACCAAUCUUCUCCUGGGAAGCUGAACUAGCCUGUUAGCUAGUAGUGCUAACUCCUCCGGUAGCAGCAGGUGCCCUGGUGUGAGUGGCUGGCUGUGCGGGCUGGCCACAGGCUCGUUUUUGGAGAGUGGAGCAGCCCGCCGGUGCCCUGAAUUCAGGAAGACUCCCCGGCUCUGGCCCCCUCAAGCGGGCAGUCAGGAAGAAGCUGGCUGGGAAGGGAUGGCCUGGUCGGUCUUCCCGUUCCAAAGGACAAGGUUCUGCGGUUUUUGAAGGAGGACGAGUUCGGCUUGAAGCCAUCGCCGCCGGUCGGGGCGCUAUGAUGGCCGCCUCCCCCUCAUCGGCCGGCGGUUUCACGACCUCUGGUCUGUCGGUCAGAAAGAGCGAGGAAAUAGCGGAUUUGAUAGAUUUGUUUUCCAAGAUGCAGUAUAGAGCGAAGGAAGUCACCCCUCGGGUGGAGACGAUAGAGAAGCGUUGUCUGGAGUUAUUUGCAAAAGAUUACAAAUACAGCAUCAUCCACAAUGCCAACGGAGAAGUGUGUGGCCAUUACCCCCGACAGAUAGUUUUCCUGGAGUAUGAAUGCACGGAUGUCGAGAAAGACAGCAGGUUUGAGAGCACAGUGCAAAUCAGUAAACUGCAGGACCUGGUGAACCGGAGCAAGCUGGCUCGCUGCAGAGGGAGGUUCGUCUGUCCUGUCAUCCUCUACAAUGGCAAGCAUAUAUGCCGGUCGUCCACUCUGGCAGGAUGGGGGGAGCUCUAUGGACGCACAGGCUACAACUACAUCUUCUCAGGGGGCAGUGAUGACACAUGGACAGAGUCUGAGGAGGUUCCAGAGGAUGACAAUGCAGUCAGGAAUGGGGACUCCCAGCUUUUUGACAAGGUCCGAGGCCACGACAUUAAGCUGCUACGUUACCUCUCGGUUCGCUACAUCUGUGACCUGAUGGUGGAGAACAAGAAGGUUAAGUUUGGCCUCAAUGUAACAUCGUCUGAGAAGGUGGACAAGGCCCAACGCUAUGCAGACUUCACGUUGCUCUCUGUGCCUUACCCAGGGUGUGAGUUUUUUAAAGAGUAUAAAGACAGAGACUACACAGCAGAGGGUCUGGUGUUCAACUGGAAUCAGGACUAUGUGGACGCUCCUUUGACAAUCCCUGUGUGCUUUACUCAGAACUUGAACAUUGACUGGACUCAGUACCAGUCGUGGGACCUGGUGGAGCAGACCCAGAACUACCUGAAACUGCUGCUUCACAUCAUCAACAGUGAUGAUGAGAGUGGCCUCCUGGUGCACUGCAUAUCAGGCUGGGACCGAACGCCUCUCUUUGUGUCCCUCCUCAGGCUCUCUCUGUGGGCAGACGGCGCGGUGCAUGCCAGCCUGGAGCCGGCCCAGAUCCUGUAUCUGACCAUCGCUUACGACUGGUUCCUGUUUGGUCACAUGUUGCCAGAUCGACUCUCCAAAGGGGAGGAGAUUUUCUUUUUUUGCUUCAAUUUUUUGAAGCACAUUGUCUCAGAGAAGUUCUCUGCUGUAAAGAAACAAAGAAGGAAGAAUUCCCAAUUCAAAGAUGGUGAUUUCACUGUGGAAGACCUCUGCCAGUUAAAGUCGAGGGAUCGUGGCAGCGUGACCAGUCUGAGCAGCGAGUUCUCCCUUAUCACCGAGGAGGCGGGCGGUGCCUCCAGCCUCACCAACGACACUGUGGACCCGUUCUCCAGCCAACCCCAGGUCUCCAGCUGGAGAAAAGGCCCCACCUCCUCUCCUCAGAUGGUUGUUUGGAACAAACAGAACCCUCUGGAAGAGCACCUCUCCCAUCCACCGAACGAGGCCAGGUCUUCCAGCUCCUCCUCCUCCAACCAGUCAGAACAGGGCGUCACACGCACUGGCAGCAGUCCAUUGGCUGUCCCCGGAAGAAGGUUAGCGGCCGACUACGCUCGGUCAGGUUCCUCCCUCUCUACAGAGUACGGCAGUUGGCAGAUAGUUUCAGGCUGUGGCAGUAUUCAUGACCAUGCUCACUUCCCUCCACCUCUGGCUUCAGCCUCCUCCACCUCAUCUGCUGUAGCUGCUGCCUACGACUCCCCCCUGCCCUUCAGUUUUCAGGAUGAAGGACCCAUUGGAAGGAUGUGUCCCUUCCCCUCUGAGCGACAGACCCGUCUGGAGGCGGUGCGGGAAGUCUUCCUGGCAGCUUACAGCUCCACGGUGGGCCUCAAGUCCUCAGCGCCCAGCCCCUCCGGCGCCAUCUCCGGCCUGUUGGAGCAGUUCGCCCGGGGGGUUGGCCUCCGGGGCACCAACGCCAUCGUUUGAACCCUCUUUAAUGUGACUUCAGACCUUCCUUCUGCUUCCAUCCAUACAUUCAUCAUCCAUCCACAGAUGAUUCAGCAUGUCUUGACUCAAUUCAAUAAAGUGCCAAACAUCUCUGUUCAGUUCAGGGGUGAAGCAUGUUUUUUUUUUUUUCCCCCAAAUUUCUUUUGAUUUUCUUUUCAGACCUUAAAGGCCCCCAGAUUUUUUCUGUUCUUUUUUUGUUCUGUUCUUUUUCUUCUCCAGCUUUUCUUUUGGACCUUUUAAUCUUCCAUGUUAAGUAAAUCUGUUACAGGGAGGGAAAUGGUUUCAGCCAUAGUAUCAAAAAGGGAUAAUUCAUCGUAAAUGGCUGAGACACAUGGGGUCUGUACUUCUUACAGGCAGAAUAUACAGAAUUAUUCCUCCCUCUGUUCUUCUUUAAUCUGAUCAGAAUUUUUGAGAGUCCAUGUGGUGACCAUCCCAUUCACAGGAAGUGAUAUGUUUGUAGUUCUCUUGUUUUGUGCUGCUAUUUUUAACUGAUCCAAGCAGAGGAAAGUUGUUUUAUUAAGGUGGGUUUUGAAGGUGAGAUAAAAACAGCACUUAAUGUGUUCUGAUAGAAAUGGCAACAAGCUUACGUUUUGGUUUCUAAUUUGGCACAGUGGGUUGAAAUCAGAAUAUCCAAUCAGUUUUAGAGUUUACGCUUUUGGGGUCUGGAUUUAAAUGAAUGCAUUAAAAUGCAGUACUCACAUGCCAUAUGUAUGUUAAUUCCUUCUCCUCCAUAGUGUGACGACACUGUGGAAGUCCUUGUUAAUAUGAAGCUUCAUCAGUUUGAGUUAGCGCUCACAUGCUGCCCCAGUGUUGCUUCAUAUUCUCUCUAUAUUUAUUAUGAAUUUCGAUCUCAGAAAGAUUCUUUGGAGGUUAAGGGUUCAUGGUGUUGUGAAAGAAGUUCAAAUCCUGCCUGCGUUCUUGCCCUUGCUCUCCUGUUGGGUCAAUCGCUGGUUUACGUGUCUAAAGGUGUGUGUUGCUGUUAAGAAUUGUUGGUUGUAGGCUGGGUGAAAGGCCCCUCAUCAUAGAGAGGGGUAAGUGGCAAAGAACCCUGUGUGCCCUUCACCACUAAGUUAUGUAUUCGCAGCCAGUAUGGAUGGAGAGAAUGAUUACAUGCAUGUGGUAUGUGAGGAAGUCUUGAAAAAUUCUGAUCUUAUCCUUUAACUCAAUAACUUGUAUGUAAUAUUUUUUUCAUCUUUAUAAAAUAAGUUUUAAUGAUUAAACAUCUGCAGGGACUGCUCCUGUAUGGCCUCGCGUAACCCAGGAGAUGAUGCCCCAGUCUUUUCUCCUCGUCGGUCAAAUGCCUCAUAUCCUCUACUUGAGUCCAUAUCCAGUUCAUUUCUUCUUCAGUAGCACUGACAUGGUAGCACAAGAGGCACUGAGCAUUGUGGUAGCAAAUCUGUGAACCGAAUGCCUUUUCAAUGGGCUCUCUCGCUGGACUCCAGCGGAGUGAGAUCCACUUGAUUCCUGCCUUUGCUGAGGUAUCCACCCAGCUAUUAUCACACAGCUGCUGUUCAGGUUACACUUUGACAGACGUUUGAACCUGGGCUAUUUUAAGCAAGAUUCACACUUUGAAGUAACUGUCUUCAGAGAAUUCUGUUGAAAGAUUUUAUUUGAAACUGGCUUGUGGGUGUUGCCAAUCGGUUUUAAAUGGCUAAUGUACCUCAGGACCUUUUCAUGUGCCUUUUUUUUUUUUUUUUUUUAAAUCUUCAGUAACACUGGAUCAGCCCUGUACUUCUCCUGGUCCAGUUUCAGGUGUAUUUCUGUUACUUCAGUGGUUUUUAGAGCUUGGGCUGUUUGCAGCUAAUUGUUAAUGAAAGGUUUUGACUGUAGAGCAUUAGCAGCAUUAUCUCCUGAUGCUUUUGGAAUUUCAUCAUCCUUAUUCACUUGGUUGCAGGACUGUGAAUCUGUUUCAUUGUUGUACAGUAACAUAAAGCUGCUGAGUCUUAUGUACAACCCCGAUAAGAUGGGAAUUCAUUCUGUGGGUGCAUCUGUCAUUCACUCUCAGAUUUGCACCUCAAAGAGAUUUUCAUUUCUGCCAUUUACUGAUUUAAGGACUAGUUCUUUUAGAAAUUUUGGGGAAAAAUAUUUAUUAAUUUUCCUUCCUGUGGUGAGAAGAGAUGAUUGUCACCAGUGUCAUUUCUCUGUGUUCAGUGCAGAAGUACAGCCAGGACAUUUUUAGCCCAGAUUAGCAUCAAGACUGGGGUGGAAACAGCUAGCCUAGCUCUGUCUGGAGUUCAUAAACGUGCAUACCAACACCAUGACAACAUGUUGUCAGUAGUUUGUUGAAGCCAGACACAAACACAAUCAAUUUUCUCAGCCCAGCGAGGUCACGUUUUCAGUCCAGUUUGUAUGAUUGUCAGGUGGACUACAGGAAAACUGCUGGACUGAUUUUCACAAAACUUAAUAACAGGCUUUAACAUGGGUAUGUGGGGGUUAUACGCCCACUUCCCAGAUGACGCCCUGAAACAUCACACAGGGGUGUUUUUCAGAUUGACAUAGUCAGGCUUGCUGUUUCUAGUCUACAUGUUUGGAUAUGCUGACAUAAAAGUGGUGUCAAUUUUCACAUCUCACUUUCAGAAAGAAUUUGAAUAACCUUUCCCAUUUCCCGAAAGAUGGAACUGUUCUGUUAACUAGCAUUUGAUGUUCUACUUUCUUUGUACCAUCAAAACAUAUUUUGUAAGGUGUUUGAAGUCCUCAUCCCUUUUUCCUUGAUGCAGUAAGGAAUCUGUUUCAUUUGAUCACAUUUAUCAGUUCUCUGCAUGGGCUGUCAAAAAAUGGUUUAAUUUAGUAACCUACACAAAGUGACAGUAGAACAAUCUGUCCAGCUUUAUUUGAGACUUUCAGGCAUGGCUUCAUCUCCAUGUCGGCUCAUAAGCUCUCUUUUUUUAGAUGUCUUAUCUGAAGAGGAAUUAAUUCAGUCAAGGUUUCAUGUCAGUUGUUUUUACUUUGGCACAAUUUCUACUGUCUGCCUGUAGCUGUUAUGCAGCCAAUCACAGGAAACUUGCAAACUGUCAUUUUCCAAUUGCAGAGGAUGACUAUUGUAAGAAAAAUGUCUCACUCAUUUUGUCACUUAUUCACUCACUGGUUUUGCAUGACAUUUUCCAUGUUUAUCUCAAAGGCUGUGUAUAAUGGUUUUAUUUGUUUUGAAAAUUAAUUUUUAUUGCAGAAUAUCUUUUAUUAAAAUGCUGCAUUGCA